ACAUACAGUUAGUUCAAGCGUUUGCGCAUGCGUAGAUGUCACUCCUAUUAAAAUUUCAAGGAGGCGAUUGGAGCCUAAAAUGAAACUGGGUUCCAUUUCGUUGUCGGCGAUCGCCAUAUUGACGAGUACGGAGUGAGUUCUAACCAAUAAAGCAUUAAAACCCGGCAUAAAAUUCUUAAUAAAGCGUAAAAAAGCGUUUGUUCGGUACCGUUUAGUCGUAAAAACGUUUCGAAUCAUUACAAAGAGGGCCGUAUAACAAGUGCCGGACGAUAUAGUUGUUACGUUGGAGACGGUAGAAAGCCAAAUUAAAUAUGGCGUGUGCUACACUGAAGAGGUCCUUAGAUUGGGAACCCGUUUUGGGGACGAGACCGGCGAAAAGGAGACGUUGCAUCCCGUUUUGCGCGAGCCCUUCCCACAAGCAGAGUACUAGCCAAACAAGCAGCCCCAGUUCGAGCACGACGCCCUCAAAAUCCAUUUUCCCUGACGUAGUUAGCAAAAAGUUCACUCCAGAACACAUGGCAGCGAAUAUUCACGCUGAAUUCAAGAGGUUACAAAGGCGUAAGCAGUUACAAUUUAGUUGCAGCUCAGAUGCCUCAGAUGGUAGUAGCUCAGGUGGUGAACAAACUGAUUCACGUUCAGAAAAACCGUUGUUCACCUUCAAACAGGUUGGGUUGAUUUGUGAACGUAUGCUUCGAGAAAAAGAAUCUGAAAUCCGAGAAGAAUACGAUAAUGUUCUUACGACAAAACUCGCUGAACAAUACGACGCAUUCGUCAAGUUUACCUACGACCAGAUACAGAAGAAUUAUGCGGCUGUACCUAGUUAUUUAUCAUAAGGAUAUUUCGAUUGCUGUUUUCAGCCCUUCACUCCUACCCCGAGUUUUUUUUUAGAAAAAAGAUGAAGAAGAACCACAACCACACACACACCCCUAGUUAUUGCAUAUGUAUACAUACGUUUUACAGUCAUAUCGUCUAGCAGGUUUGUCUGCCUUACAUCAAAUACCGUUUUGCUAGCCGAUUUGUAUAUAAAUAUAUAUGUACUUUUGGAAUUGAUCGGUAAUUACAUUCUGUUCUUGUAUAUAGGAGGUGUUAUAAUUUACCGAUUAUAAGAUGAUGGUAGUUGCUUCUCGUUUUGUUUCAAGGCCGUUUUUCCGUUAUACGAUAUUUGAUAAAACGUUUUUUGUCGUUAAUAAAGAGAGAGAAUGUGAAUGUGUUGGUUAGGUUCGUUUUUUAUUAUUACUAAGGACAAGUUAAAUUGUUUCGAAUGUUAUUUUUUGGAAGAAGUGAAGUAUCGGUCGACCAAAAGCGACAAUUUCCAAUCGCGAUUGCCUUACUUUUACUUUAUCUCGUCCCGCAGGAUUAAAAAAAAACGUAAAAAAACCUUGAAAAAAUAUAUAAAUUAAAUAAGUAUGUAGUUAAGAAAUAGGCUAUAAUAAUAAUAUUUAGGCGUGUGAAGUGGAAUGCCUGACUUACUAUAUUUCUAGCUUUUAAUAUAUUCUAUAUAUAAAUACAUAAAAUAAAAAAAUGAAUAGUUUAAGGUGAUAUAAACAGUCCUGAUGAACUACAAAUAUGAUAUGUACCGUAUUUGCCAUAAAUGUGAUUUCAGUUUCUACAAUAGCUAACUAAGUUUUUUUUUUGUUUAUUUUGAAGUAGCCGCAGGUGAAGAAGCAGCACUGUAAUAUAUACCAAUACGAUUAUUAUUUCUUAUUAAUUUUUUUAGUGUGUUCAGUUGGUUCGACCAUCGACUGCGUCCGAAUAUCGUUAGUUCUUACCUUAAAAACCCAACUCCCCGAUUUCCUUUAGGUUUUCUUUUAUUAAUUUUAUUUUAUUUUUCUGUGCUGUAUGGUUUAAUUUAGUUUAUUAAGUUUAUUUAUUUUUGAGCUUAUUUUUCUUUUCACGCUGUUUCCAUGUGUAAUAUCUACACCAAAAGUUAGUUUCUUUUAAUUUUCGAGUUUCGUUCGUUAAAGAAUAUUUUCAAUGCAAUGUGUAUCUUAAUUUGACUUAUUGUUUUGUUAUGUAGGUCAUUACGCAAAAUAAAUACAUUUUUGGGUAAA